AUGUCCAUCGAAAAUCUCAAGACCUACGGAACAACAUUGCUGACCAUCGCGACAUUAGACCCCUUCGCCGAAGCCGACGAGGACACCGGAGAAACCAAGCAGACGCAGAAUUACAUCCAUAUACGCAUUCAGCAGCGUAAUGGACGUAAGACUUUGACAACUGUUCAGGGUCUCCCCAAGAAAUUUGACCAGAAGAAGAUUCUUAAGGUCAUCAAGAAGAAGUUUGCCUGCAAUGGCACUAUCGUCAACGACUCCGAGAUGGGAGAGGUGAUUCAGCUCCAGGGUGAUCAGCGCAAAGAUGUUCAGGAAUUUCUCAUCGACAAGAAGGAAGGCCUCGAGCUAGAUGCCAAGACCAUUAAGGUCCACGGUUUCUAA